AUGCCUCAUUCAACCGUCGAUGACGAGCACUCAAGCUCUACCGUCGCCCAGCAGCCCCCUACUCAAGAUCAAGAGGCUGCGGCACAAGGCCCUCGCUCGUCCAGACCAUUAGUGAACGGCGGCUCUCCCACACCCCAGAGACCCCGGAGCAUUCGCGAGUAUUCACCCACCGAAAGUGCUUCAGAUGGUGUGCAAAACCCACAGUAUGCCACAUACCCUGCGCCUCCACGACCGCCUCGGCCUCAAUUUGCAACCUUGCAUAGCCCUCCUCAAAGUACAGCUGCAAAUACGUCUGCAACCCAGUCUCAACGUACAACUGCAAAUAUGUCUGCAACCCAGCCUCAUCGAGCCCUCUUCGUGGAAAUAUACCCAGCGGGCAGCGGCCAGGACAGCCAGAAAUGCCACGGCUACAUUGCCAGCGACCUUAAGCCCGCAUGCGCGGAACUUAUUGACCUCAACAGCUUGAAAGCCCCUGCGAACACAACUAACCUUUCCUCUGGCGACUCGUCUGACGCCAGUGAGGCUUCGACGGUAGCGGGCAUAGACAAGGACGGCAAGGGCAAGGGCAAGGGCAGGUGUGAGGACGACCGCAAGAGCAAAAAGAAGGACGCCGACGAAGAUGACAACAACGAUAAGGGAAUGCGCAAGGACAAGCCCCGUCCGGACGCCUCUCGUACAGAUGUGCCUCCCCCGGAUAAGGCUCGUCCAGCUGCGCCGCGUCCAGACACGCCUCUUUCAGACGUGCCUGACAAGGAUCCCUCCGAAAACCCCCAGUUCACCCGUCAGUACGUCCGGGAGUACUUCGGUCAGCCCGUCGUUGCCCAGCCUUACCUCAAAGGCCUCAAAAGAGUCCACUCCGACUUCAAGGGCGAGCAAAGAGUCCAGCCCAACUUCAACGGCAAGAAAAGAGUCUAUUUUAAAGACCAAGAGACAGUCAAACAACCUGCGCCUUCCUCUCCAUGGGAUGCCCCGGCUUCUCUCGACCGCAAGAGCAAGAAAAGAACAUAUUUCCAAGGCCAAGAGACAGUCAAAAAACUUGUGCCUUCCUCUCCAUGGGUUGGCUUAGCUUCUGUACCGCAGAAGACGUGGGAUCUAGACCGCUAUCCGUCCCCGGAUGAGUCCCCUGCCCGUGCUAGCUCAAGUGCAGACUAUCCAGUCUACGACGACGGAGACUGCGACGGAUUUUAUUAUGGCCCAGCCCACGACUCAAGCACAAUGCGGCUUCGGUACUCAAACGAAGAAGAAGAGCAUCUGACCAACUUUGAGAGGAUCAUGCAGCAUAAUGUCAUGGCUGUGGCCGGUGAGGUGGCGUAUAUAGGGGCUUCUGUUCACAACAUGGAGAACACGAUGAGACGAUGGGAGGACGCAUCCAACGCACGAGACAACGGGAUCUUCCCGCCUCCAUACCGGGGCCAGCUGCCCCCGAGUGCCAUUCCUCACGACGUCUUGCCGGCCCCCCCUGCGGGCAUGUCAGUUGAACAGCAACCACUCGUCACGAAGACCCUCAUAUCAGCCAAUGACGCCGUCUCCACGCUUGAGUCAAGUGGGCUCAAAUUACCAACAGACGACAGAGGGGACGACGCCAACGGACGACGGUGCUGGACAUCGGAUCCCUCAGACGACGACGACGACGACGACGACGACGGACGACGGUGCCGGUCGUCGGGGUCCUCAGAACAACGAGGAACCUGGACCUGGGCCUCUUGGGAUCGCCGGGAAUAUGAUCUUUGGUCUCGUAGCUACUGCCUGGAUUUGCAUGACUGUCAUGAGCUGUCGCCGUUAGCGAUGAAGUUGUCCAGGACUUCUGUUGGGAACUGCAUGUCUCUGAAAGGAAGCAGGGAAGCAAGAGCGAUGAAUAAAUAG